AUAUAAAAAAUUUGCUUAAAAUGGCAGAUAAAAAGGUGGGUGGAAACAAUGACGGCAAGGAGAAACGCCGCAAGGAGUCCAUUCUGGACCUGUCCAAAUAUCUGGAGAAACAGAUCCGUGUGAAAUUCGCGGGCGGACGCGAAGCAUCUGGGAUUCUCAAAGGCUACGAUGCUCUGUUGAACUUGGUGCUGGACAACACAGUGGAGUAUCUGCGUGACUCGGACGAGCCCUACAAACUUACCGAGGACUCAACACGGAGUCUCGGCCUCGUGGUCUGCCGUGGCACAGCGUUGGUACUAAUCUGCCCCGCAGACGGCGUCGAAAGCAUUGCAAAUCCAUUUACAACGCAAUAGGAGGAUAGCAUCUAUCUCUAUGGCCUAGGCUUAGUACAAAACUCUUGUGGAAAUCGGUUUAAAAAUAUAUUUAGCGGAGACUCAUAAAUAAGUGCUUAAAUCUAA